GGUUUUAUCAAACAGGUUAUAAAAGCGCGUUUUGCGAGGGAAUACAGGUCUUCCGAGGGCGGCAACGGGCUUACAGGGUCUGCGACUUCAUCACUCAGGAAGGAGAAUUUGCAUCUGAACCGCAACCACAAAAAUGUCAGGAGAAGAGGGUGCUGUUGCAGCUGAUGCCCCAGCUCUAGGACAGCCAAUGGACAUCAUGACAGCCUUGCAGCUUGUGCUGAAGAAAUCCAUGGCACAUGGUGGCCUUACUCGAGGUCUCCAUGAAGGUGCUAAGGUGAUUGAAAAGCACGCUGCACAACUCUGUGUAUUGGCAGAGGAUUGUAAUCAACCAGACUAUAUUAAACUUGUUAAAGCUCUUUGUGCUGAUCACAAUGUGAGCUUGAUAUCGGUGCCAAGUGCUAAAACUCUUGGAGAGUGGGCUGGUUUGUGUAAAAUUGAUUCAGAGGGAAAGGCAAGGAAAGUGGUGGGUUGCUCCUGUGUUGUUGUUAAGGAUUAUGGGGAGGAAUCUGAGGGUCUUCAUAUUGUCCAGGAGUAUGUGAAGUCUCACUGAGUGAUUGAAGUUGCAAUAGGACUGCUCAUUUGGUGUUAAUCUGUAGGCACAUGUCAUUUUUUUCUUUUCUAGCUUAAAUGAGCCCCAUGUUCUGGGGGUUUUGAGUUCUGUUUGAUUGUUCCUUAAUAUUAGAACAAAAGAAGUGAAUAUUGCAGUACACAACCUCCAUGAGGAAUUAGAUUAUGGUUUUCUUGAAUCAGUGACAGUGAUUCUUUGUUUCUCUUUGUCCUAUUCAAAGAAGGUGAAAUGGGGUUAGAGUUUAAUGGUAAA